AAUUGAAGUAAAAAAAUGGCAACGACAAAAAAAUAAAAAUAAAGACUUUACCUUUCAGUCACACAGACAGAUACAAGUGAAGAGAGAAGAGAAGAGAAGAGAAGAGGAGGAGAGGGCCUACCUACUCCUACUCCCGAAACUGACUUCUCCAAUCUCUUUGGUCUUUUCCCCAUCUGGGUUUUUCAUUCCAGUCCCAAAGUAGCUGUCUAUUUAAGAUUGUCAUUUGGAGGGGUUGAUCAUGGCCUUUGAGCCUUAUUUUCUAAGAGGUCACCCUGCCAAUACUAUCAACAUAGAAGAUAUUCAAUUGAAUACCAACUGGGAAGAUGUGAUUUGUCCUAUAUGCCUGGAUUUUCCUCACAAUUGUGUACUCCUCCAGUGCUCAUCUUAUGAUAAAGGGUGCCAGCCUUUUGUGUGUGAUACAGACCAUUUGCAUUCAAAUUGUUUGGGUCGUUUUAAAAGUGCAAGUGGUUUGUCAUCCCCUUCAACAUCUGAUCCAACUCCUGCAGCAAAUACUCAGCCAGCAGUAGCAGAUAGCAAUUCCAAACUAGUUUGUCCGUUGUGUAGAGGUGAAGUCAUAGGGUGGGUUGUUGUUGAUAAGGCUCGUUUACAUUUGGAUGAGAAGAAGCGUUGUUGUGCAGAAGAACAAUGUACAUUCAUGGGAACAUAUUUUGAACUACAUGAACAUGCUCAAAUAGAACACCCGCAUGCUCGCCCUUCAAAAAUUGACCCUGCUCGGCAGCUUGAUUGGGAAAAUUUUCAGCAGUCAUCUGAGAUAAUAGAUGUUUUGAGCACCAUACAUUCAGAAGUGCCACGUGGAAUUGUUCUAGGAGACUAUGUGAUUGAGUAUGGAGAUGAUGAUACUGGAGAUGAGUUUGAGGACUUCCCUGGAGAUGAAGGUAACUGGUGGACUUCUUGUAUCUUGUAUCAGGUAUUUGAUAACUUCAGAAAUUCAAGAAAUAGAAGAAGGGCAAGAAUAGCUGAUACAAGGAGAGGAAGUCGCCACUCAAGUUAUGAUACUUCAAAUUCUGAUGAAGGCUCUGUAACAUCUGUAGACUUUGCAGAAUACAGAUUAGAUGAGACUGAUGAUGAGUUUCCAAGUUCAAGCGUCUCCUCCAGGGGUAGUUCUGGUCAUCGCAGUUCUCGAAGACGCCGCUCUCGCUUCUAUGACACUUAGGUAUGUACUUGCUCGUGGAUCCUUAGCUUGGAAAUCAGCGGCUGUAAUUAAAGUGAAGCAAAGGAUCGAAGCAAAAUGUUAGGGAUUCCGCAGAUAGUGUUGGUCUUCAAACAUUUAAAAGUUAAAUCCAGACCUCAUCUUGUUGUAUAUGCAAACUAGACUUGCUCGUUAGACAUGAAUUUUUGUAUUUGCCAUCUCCAGGUAGUCAUAUGGUGACUAAAUUUGUUCUUUGGAUUUUUUUUUCUUUUUAAUUUGAGAUUGACUAUUAAUUUCCUUAAUAGAACUUUGAUUAUCUUAACUGUA